AUGCAAACCUCUAUUGCUCAAUCUUUCCUUGCUCAUAACAGACUAAGGCCUGAAGCCUCGCUGCGCGCUAUGAACACAAUACCUAAUACUGUCCGUCCCUUCAUACUCUUUGUGUUGUGCCACUGGUUCAUUUUGAGUCGGGGAAUCACUGAAGCGAAUUCAAUAUUCCCGCUUACCUGGUCUGACAAGUCCUUCGGUCCUGAUGGCCCAUGGCAAGCUGUAUCAGUGGGAAUAGGCUCGCCAUCACAAACAGUCGCUCUCUAUCCUGGUGGGCGUUGGACCAGUACCAUUCUGUUGUCGACCAUUUGUGACAACCAAACCUCUUGGUCCUCGUCGACAAAAUGCUACGCAGAUGAUGCUGGUGUAUAUAAUCGCAACGAGUCACCUUCUGCGGGGGACGAUGCAGCCAACACAGCUGGACAAUGGAGCGAUGCUUCACUGUCGGGAUGGGCUGCCCAAAACGUCUUCUACGACAAUUUCGACAUCGGGCUUGGCUCGACCGUUCCAAACGUCAGCAUGACUGGACUUUCUGACGCCUAUCAGACAUACCCGAAUGGUCGCAACUAUCCGAUUGAGGUUGGGAUUUUAUCGAUGGGAGCACCUGCAUUGACUCAUAUUUGGGGAUACACCAUGACGUUCAUCGCUAGCUAUAUGUACACAACGGCUAGCCGACGAACUCCUUCGUAUUCGUAUGGAAUACAUAUCGGGUCAGCAAAGCUCGGCAUCCCGGGAUCUGCUUGGCUGGGAGGGUACGAUAGCAACCGCAUCAUGGGGGAGACCUCAGCCCAACCCUUCACACCUUUCGCUACAAAUCCAGGAGGAAACCUAGUCAUUAAACUCCAGGAUAUUGGACUGGGAGUUGCCACAGGCGGGUCGCCAUGGAGCUACAGCCGGAAGACAGGUCUACUCUCGGGGUCAAAUUCGAGUUUGACAGCACCUCUGACAGUCGAACUGGACUUCACACGGCCAUAUCUUUACCUGCCACAGAGCACCUGCGACAGCAUCGCGUCCACGCUCCCCGUGACAUUCAACCCUGAUCUUGGUCUCUACCUCUGGAAGACGGAUGAUGAAAUCUACCGCAAGAUUGUAACGUCGCCUGCUUAUCUAUCUUUCAUUUUUCAGAAGGAUUCUACAUACAGCCGAAACAUCACCAUCAAAGUGCCGUUUGCGCUGUUGAAUCUGACUUUGGAACCCCCUCUGGUCAGCGAGGCGACCCCCUACUUCCCUUGCUACCCGUCCGAUAAUGUGUAUUCUCUUGGGCGUGCUUUCCUACAAGCAGCCUUUGUCGCAGAAGACUUUGGCACAGGGAAGGGCUAUGGAUCCUGGUUCUUGGCUCAAGCACCUGGCCCUGGUCUCGUUGAUGUUCCAGAUCAAACCACCAUCGAAGUCUCUUCUUCUAGUAUUCCUGCAACAGACAACUCGUGGGAGGCUAGUUGGAAAUCUCACUGGACAGCACUCCCAUCUUCUAAAGCGACAUCCAAUAGCGCCGCCAGCACGUCAGGAUCUAAUGCAAGCAAGUCGGGCUCGUCGGAUCUGUCUCGAGAAACCACGAUCGGUAUCGGAGUUGGAUGCGGAGUUGGAGCAGCGGCGUUGGUGUGUGGUUCGGCUUGGCUUUUUGUCAUCCGUCGCCGGCGAAAUUCGAGACAGUCGGCUGGGGAAGCGAACAGUCCAUCUACUGAAGAAGGUCCAGGCAUAAAGAUUGUGCCGACCGGCUAUUGGCAACAUGUUCCAGCCGAGUUGCGUGGUAAUGACUAUGAUCUUUCUUAUGGUAUUCCUGAAGCACCCGGUUCUCUGCCACAGAAACAUGAGCACCGUUAUGAGUUGUCGUAA